GAUCCAGGAGACUCUUCAGGCUAAAACCACGCAGGCUGGAUUCGUUGUUUCUCCUAUUACCCCAAUGCCUUCGACGGCAGAAAUAGCCACUCCCCGCAAUAUUCAUCUCGUCCGCAUGUUGGAGUCGUAUUGGCCAUCUUCCAUCUUAACCGCGAUGAUCUAGAUUUCUCAGACAGUUAUAUCGGUACACUAUAUAUAGCCAGGUGGGGACGACCCUGAGUUGGCAGUUGGGGCUUAAAUGGCUACAGAAACAAUUUGCCUUUGAGCAACCAUGUCUUUUAGAGUGGCAGCGAACGUUAUCGCUUUCUUGACCGUGAAAGGUGUAGUCGCUAGAGACUUCCCUAACUGCCAAUCCGGUCCUCUUGCUUCUAACCAAGUAUGCAAUACUACUCUUGACCCAUGGUCGAGAGCGGCUGCUCUUGUGGCCCAGUUCAGUCACGAUGAGAAGAUAUCUAACUCCUGGGACAACUCGCCAGGAGUCUCGCGUCUUGGUGUACCGUCCUACGAAUGGUGGAACGAGGCACUCCACGGUGUUGCCCGCUCUCGCGGCGUACAGUUCGCCAACUCGGGGAAUUUCAGUUACGCAACAUCGUUCCCUCAGCCCAUAACUAUGGGCGCAGCUUUCGACAUGCCAUUGAUACGAUCCGUGGCCGAGACUACGAGUACCGAGGCCCGCGCGUUCAGCAACGCUGGCCGGUGCGGUCUGAAUUUCUGGACCCCCAAUAUUAACCCGUUCCGUGACCCCCGUUGGGGCCGAGGGCAAGAAGUACCUUCUGAAGACCCAUAUCACAUGAGCCAGUAUGUGAUGCAACUCAUACCGGGGCUCCAAGGAGGUCUGCAUGGAGACCCGUACUACAAGCUUGCAGCAACAUGUAAACACUAUGCUGGGUAUGACAUGGAGAACUGGAAGGGAAACCGGCGAUAUGCUUUCGACGCUCAGAUCACCAGUCAGGACUUGCAGGACUACUACCUUGCUCCAUUCCGCGCGUGCGUACGAGAUGCGAACGCCCAGUCGGCCAUGUGUAGUUACAACGCUGUCAACGGUGUGCCGACCUGUGCCGACCCCUGGCUACUCGAGGACGUAUUGCGCGGCUUGUACGGAUUCGGCAGCGAGGACCGCUGGGUCACGGCCGAUUGCGACGCUCUACAAAAUGUCUGGACGGAUCACCGCUACGGCUCCUCAGCUGCAGGUGCCGCCGCAGCGAGUUUGAAUGCCGGAACAGAUCUCGACUGCGGCCAAUUUUGGCCUCAGAACUUGCCCUCAGCUUACAACUCCCGACUCUUCAACGACACUGUUCUCGACCGCUCGCUGAUCCGGCGCUACGCGUCUAUGGUACGAUUGGGUUGGUUCGACCCGCCGGCGGAACAGCCAUACCGGCAACUCGCAUGGGACUCCGUAGCGAAGCCGGAGGCUAAGGCACUUGCUCUACUAGCCGCACAGGAGGGGAUUGUGUUAUUGAAGAAUAACGGUAGCGCACUACCCCUGGCCAAGUCCAUAAAGCGCGUAGCUGUUGUUGGACCCCUUGGAACCGCAACGACGCAGAUGCAAGGGAACUACUACGGCAUUGCGCAAAGCAUCUCAACUGUAGUUUCGGCGUUCAAGGCCGCGGGUUAUGAUACCUCUAACGCGCAAGGAUGCGAUAUCAGUGGGACUUCGACAUUGGGGUUCUCCGCAGCGCUGAGUGCAGCCAAGGCCGUAGACGCGGUUGUAUUCGUCGGCGGCAUCGAUACUAGCAUCGAAGCUGAGGACCGUGACCGCGAACAGAUCACAUGGCCAGGACAGCAAAUAAAUCUGAUCAAACAGCUGGCAGCAGCGAAUACUGAUAAGCCCUUUGUAGUCGUGCAGAUGGGCACUGUGCUCGAUAGUUCGGAGAUAAAAGCUCUGACAGGCGUCGACUCGCUUCUGUGGGCUGGAUACCCUGGACAAGACGGCGGCGCGGCGGUGGUUAGUAUUAUAACCGGCGAGAAAGCGCCUGCGGGAAGACUCCCGGUGACGCAGUAUCCGGGCGACUACGUAAACCAGGUUCCAAUGACGAACAUGAGCUUGCAGUCCGGUACUGGAAACCCUGGACGGACUUACAAAUGGUACACCAAAGAACCCGUAUUUCCCUUCGGCCACGGGCUACACUACACCAGCUUCAACAUAUCUCUACCAACCGACCUCCCCACCACAUUCUCAACCGCAGACCUUACAUCCAACAUCUCCUUCACGGAGACUGGACCUGUCGCCUCAGGCAACUACCCCGACCUGGCGCCGUUCCUCUCGAUCCCCGUGCCAGUAGCUAACACAGGCAACAUCACAUCCGACCACGUCGUCCUCGCAUUCCUCAAGGGCGAGUACGGCCCCGAGCCCUACCCGCUCAAGAGCCUAGUGGGGUUCACCCGGAUCCACGACAUCAAGCCCGGAGAGACGGGGACAGGGACGCUGGACCUCAAACUUGGCGCUAUAUCGCGCAGCGAUAAAGACGGUAGCUUGACGCUCUGGCCGGCGAAGUAUAAGCUAGUGCUGGAUAUUGACGACCGCGCAGCGUGGGACUUUGAGAUCACGGGAGAUCAGGUGGUGUUGGAGAAAUUACCGCCGAAGAGGUCGUGAAAAAAAGAAAAAGGAGGCGGGGAAAGGGGUUGCCCACCUGUGAGAUAUAUAGGUAGGUAGUAAAUAAAAUCGCAAUUUAGGUAAAUAUUUGAGGGAAAGCUGCACAUAUGUAUUGAUAUUAGGUAGUGAUACACCAAGCUAAGUAUACAAUCUACGAGGCGAAUGAAUCUAGUUCCCUGAGUCAAUCGACCCGGCACAGUUGGUAUCCGACCUCCUCCCAGCGAUCGUUGCCUACGCAAGGAUGGCACCAGAAGACGUCGUCUGGGUCUACGGCGCGCUUGAUCUGGAGUAGGCGAUCGUAGUUGUCUCCCCAAAAACUUUGUUGCCAGUUUGGCACUCCGGGGUUAUU